UAAGUCUAUCCAGUAAGAGGCGUUUGACUACACAGAAUGGGUCUGUGGUGGGCAUCCAUAUUUCCAUCAGCUGGUAAAAGAAGUGGCUCACUGGUCCUGUGAUAAACAACCUGCAGCAACCAACAAGGUGAGAUAAACCCUGAGCAGAUUACUGCAAUGGAAAAAUUUCUGCUUGGAGGAUUGAAGAAAAGACUGCGCUCCAACGAUGCACUACGAAAAAGUCCAGGGAAGAAGAUUAAAUUGGAGGAAGAUGAGAAGAUAAAGGUGGAGGUUGAGGAUGGAGAGUUAGGAGAGUUCUCUCAUCCUGUUCCUUGGCAAAAAAUUGAAGCAGAGGGACUGAACUGUGAUUAUGCUUUACUUUUCUCAAAAGAGGAAGCAGAUGACCUGUUCAAACGGUUGGAGGAGGAGGUGGUGUACUCAGCAGGUGCAGCAUCAACCCUUGUUUUCUGGAGUUAUGACCUGAGGUUACAGUGUAGUUUAAUGAUUGUUUCUGUUUUUCCUCAAGGAGAAGAAGCCAAGGUGCAAGUGUUUGGAAAAGUAUAUGAUAUACCAAGAAAGCAGGCAACAUAUGGAGAUGCAGGUCUAACAUACACUUACUCUGGAGUGAAACGUUCAGCCUGCAUAUGGACUCCCACCUUGGAAUACAUUCGAGAUGCAGUCACAAAAGUCACAGCCCAGACGUACAACUUUGUCUUGAUCAACAGGUACAAAGAUGGACAGGAUCACAUGGGUGAGCAUCGCGAUGAUGAGAAGGAGCUGGACCCCUCUUCUCCCAUUGCCUCAGUCUCUUUGGGAGCAGCACGAGACUUCAUCUUCAGACACAGAGAUGCUCGAGGAAAACAGAGCAGCCAACAGAUUGAGCGCGUAAAGCUGGAGCUUGCACAUGGAAGUCUGCUUCUCAUGAAUCCUCCAACCAACACUGUCUGGUACCACAGCCUUCCUGUUCGGAAGAAAGUCCUCAAGCCCCGUAUCAACCUCACCUUUAGACGUAUCCUGCUGGACAGCAAGAAAGUGAAAGCAAGCCAAGAAGCGGUGUUGAUUGACGGGACUCCUGAUAAAGAAGCCUUUGUGUGAGGUGUACAACAGAUCACUAAAUAUAAACAUGUAUAUAUGAGUAAAGACUGCUAAGUUGGACUAUGGAGGAUUGGGAAUUUUCCCCUGUUGAAUCAAGAUGUGUCAGUUAUUGAUUAAAAUACACAUACCCCAUCAUCCAAGCUGACAUGUAGUUCAACCCAACCCUUAAUGUCAACACAUUCUGCAUCUUUUAAUAACUGCUAGCUAGGUUACCAAAGAAAGUAACAAUAAUAAAGAAAUCUUAAAUUA